AUGGCUACAACGCCCAUGAUAUCAAUAUUUGCGCCAUCAUUACCUCCCCAUUGUUCGCCGACAGAGCCCUGGCUAGUCAAUGUAUCCUCAUACUUCCAUUCGUGUAUUCCGACGCCGCUCGCGGCUAUCUCGACCGCCCUCGGAACGCUGUCAAUAGUGUCGUGGCUGUUCGCCCAAAUGCCGCAGAUUUACAAGAACUACCAGAUAAAAUCCACGGCUGGGCUCUCUUUAUUCUUUCUGGUGGAGUGGUUGUUGGGGGAUGCUACCAACUUGUUGGGGGCUUUGUUUACGCAUCAGGCGACGUGGCAGAUCAUUAUCGCCAGUUACUAUGUGUUUGUGGAUAUGUGUUUGGUGGUGCAGUUUUUCUGGUACACUUAUCUUACUCGAAAGGUCUAUGGAGAGAGUCUACACUCCUCAAGCAGCAGCAUUGAUGGCGAUGAUGCCAGUGACAUGAUCAAUAGUCUGUCUCCAAUUAACACUAGCUUCCGAGACGACGAUGCGCCCAGUCCCAAGCAAGAUGACGAGCCAACGAGGCUCCCGUCUGCUCAAGCCAUUGGGGCCCCCAGUUUCACAGCCGUCAACUACGAGAAGACAAAGCCACCAUCGGAAUCGAAUGGUGUCAUGGAGAAAUUUGGUUCAAGCUGGAUGGCUUCACCAUCGCCAAGGACUGUUAUGCUGGCGAUGACCCUCGCAUCCCUAGCUCGUCCAGCUUCUUCUGCGCCGAAUCCGGGCCAGUCUCAAUCGCACGGUGUCCAUAUCUUCCACGCCGAUACGCCUCUCGAGGUCGCCGGAAUGGUCCUUUCGUGGUCUUCUACUCUUCUGUAUCUCGGCUCUCGCCUUCCUCAGCUGUACAAGAAUUGGACACGGCAAUCAACCGCCGGAUUGUCUCCGCUCCUCUUCUUUGCCGCGUUUUGCGGAAACUUCUUCUACUCGACUUCUCUACUCACGAAUCCCAACGCGUGGAGUGACUUUGGCGCAUAUGGCGGCAAUGGCUGGGCAGAUGAGCAUGGCUCUCGGCGAGGAGAGUGGAUCGCUAAGGCGGCUCCCUUCUUUCUGGGAGCUUUCGGCGUGCUCGGUCUGGAUGGUAUGAUGGGUGUGCAAUUUUUGCUAUACGGCGAGGACGAAGAGAAGGUGGUGAAAGUAAGAGAUGGUCACGGGCACACUCAUUGGGAGAGAGUCAAUGGUUGGAUGCGCGGCUGGAUCCCAACGAUAUCUGGCAAAGAGAAAGUGGUGGAUCUGGUUGAGAGCCAGAGACUACUAGGGGUUGGUUCCUCCAACAACUACGCCUACCUCGUCUCCGACGACGCCAGCAAGGAAGCCGUCAUCAUCGAUCCCGCCAACCCACCCGAAGUCCUCCUCGUCCUCGAAAAAGCCUCUUCAUCGCUAAAACUCACCUCCAUAAUCAACACGCACCACCACUGGGACCACGCCGGCGGCAACGAGAAGAUCCUCGAAAAAUACCCCUCCCUCCCCGUCAUCGGCGGCAAGGACUGCGCCAAAGUCAGCAAGACCCCUUCGCACAACAGCAGCUUCAAGAUCGGGCAGAACGUCGAGGUCACCGCCCUGCACACCCCCUGCCACACCCAGGACAGCAUCUGCUGGUACAUGCGCGACACCUCCACGGACGAGAAAGUCGUCUUCACGGGCGACACGCUCUUCAUCGGCGGCUGCGGCCGCUUCUUCGAGGGCACCGCGGCGGAGAUGAACACCGCGCUGAACGAGGUGCUGGCGAAGCUGCCGGACGACACGAAAGUGUUCCCGGGCCACGAGUACACGAAGGCGAACGUCAAGUUUCUCGUCACGGUGGAUCGGGGGGAUGCGGUGAAGCAGUUGCAAAAAUUCGCGGACGAGAACAAGGAGACACAGGGGAAGUUUACGAUCGCGGACGAGAAGCGGUAUAAUGCGUUUAUGCGUGUGGGCGACGCCGGGAUCCAGAAGGCGACGGGCGAGACGGGCCCGGUGGAGGUGAUGGCGAAGCUGAGGGAGAUGAAGAAUUCAAUGUAG